AUGGCAUUCCUGGAUCGCAUCAUCAAUACGGCGUUUGUGGCGCGCCUUCUUUCCUAUUCGAGAUCGAUGCAUGCCUUUGUGAGGUCCAAUUUCUACAUUUUCUCACGACGUCUUUACGUUUUCGUUGGGGAUGAACGGCGUUUGCCAUUGCCGACGACAACAGCCGUCGACGACUGCAUCGCGCAUCGCGCAUCCGGGACGCUUCCCCUCUUUCGCCCAGCCGGAGGCGGCCGGUGCCUGGCGAACGAAACGCGCAUGUUUUAUGCUCGAUGCUGCACGAUGGCGAUGCUGAUGGGCGGCCGGCUCCGCGUCUGA